UAUUGGACAAUUUAAUGAUUAUUCAGGUGUUAGGAUAUUUCAGAUUGGCUAUUACGGUACAUAAUAUUGAAGUGUUCCUAUUCAACCAAAUUGCUUGAAGGCCACUGAUUUAGAAAAAUAAGUUACCAAUUUUCAAAUGAGAAAGAAGGUUUAAUACCUGUCGACAGAAAGUCUACCUCUAAAAUUAAUUUGAAAUUUCCUAUUUAUUUUCAAUUACCUAUUUCCAUACCGGAAAUUCCUAAUCAAUGUCAGACCACCUAAUUUUAGUUAGGUCAUGCCAACAUGUUGUUUUGUUCAUUCAUAGAGAAAUCCCCGACGUCAUAAUAUUUCUGGGAAAAUUUUUUACAUUAUUGCUUGAUGUAGCUUAUUGUUGAAUUGUUCGAUAAGUCGACUCCAUAUGGCUUAUAUGUGGAUCGAAUUUUGAACGCUAUAUUUGACAUAUCUUUUUACUUGAAUGAUUCGAAUCUGUCUGAAUCUAUGGGUAUAUUUGUUGCAGUUAUCAUAUUUAAUAUAAUAUAAGACAACGUUAGUAAAGUAUGUGAGCAAUUCCUAUAUCGCUCAUAUUGAAAUAUUUUAGCUUUUAUUGUUUCAGUCGCAUUUAUGUAGUCAUCUUAUAGCGUAAUAAAUAAAUUAACAAGGACUUUCUUUAUGUAAUCACGAUGACUGACAAGAGCCAUCUGAGCCCUAAUCAGUCUGGCCAACCACAACAGAAAGCCAAAGACUCUCCCAAUAUGGUUCUUUAUCAAAAAAUGGAAAAUUUGAUUUCUCGGAUGCAAGAUGGUAGUUCAGGUGUACCUAUCAAAACUGUUAAAAGUUUUCUGACCAAAAUUCCAGAUGUUUUCAGCGGUGAAGACGUUGUCAAUUGGCUGAUGCUGCAAAUGGAUAUUUCAGAAUCAAAUGAAGCUAUACAUUUAGGUUCAUUAGUCGCUGCACAUGGAUACUUCUUUCCUAUUGAUGAUCACGUAAUAACAUUAAAAAAUGAUGGAACUUUCUAUCGAUUUCAGUCUCCUUAUUAUUGGCCCUCAAAUGGCUGGGAACCAGAAAAUACAGACUACGCCGUUUAUCUAUGCAAAAGAACAAUGCAGAACAAGGCGAGAUUGGAACUGGCAGAUUACGAAGCGGAAAACCUAGCAAGACUUCAACGAACAUUUUCUAAAAAUUGGGAACAAAUUUUUACUAGAGCUGAACACGAGGCAAAACAAGAUAGAAAACGAGACAAAAUGCAUCGAAAAAUUUCUGACAGUCAGGAACGGGCAUUUUGGGAUGUACAUAGGCCUGUACCAGGGUGUGUCAACACUACAGAGCUUGAUAUAAAAAAAUCAUGUUGGUAUAAAGACAGAACUAAAAAAUCACUGUAUAAUAAUUCAUCACCACGUAAAGUACCUAACGAUAGUGGUGAUAAGUCUGUAUCCAAGAAGGAUACAGUUGAAUCUCUUAAUAAAGAUAUUGAUUUAUUAAGGCAGCAAUUAGAACGGCAUUGUCUGAAAAUGUCGAAGGUUUGUGAAAGCCUUCUUUCAUAUCAAGAGCAACAGGCAGAAUACGACCCCCAGAUUUCGGAAAUAGAUCCCCCUAACCCAUGGGUAACUGAAGAUGAGCAUUUCUGGGAAGUCAAUUUCAAUGGCAAAGACAUUCCUGUUCAAAUGGCUGCUCGAUGGAAAUUUUCAUUCGGGGAGCUCCUACGUGACGAUCAGGGAAGAGAUCAGUUCAAGAAAUUUUUAGAUAAAGAAUUCUCUGGAGAGAAUCUUCAUUUUUGGCGAGCUUGCCAAGCUCUUAAAUUAGAACCGGUUAAAAAUGUUCGACAGACCGUCGAACGUAUUUACAACGAUUUUUUGUGUCCUGAUUCGCCAUAUGCAAUCAAUAUCGAUUCAAAAUGUAUGGAAACAACGCUGAAAAACAUGGAUAAUCCAGAUAGAUUUUGUUAUGAAGAAGCACAAGAACACAUUUAUCAACUGAUGAAGAGUGACAGUUACGCACGUUUUAUCAAAUCAGAACAAUACAAGGCAUUACUGCAGCCAAAAAAACUGGAAACACGUAAAUUUGGAUUCACACGUACACGUGCUGACUAUAACCCUCUUAGCAAUGAAUCUGAGUGAAUAACCGUCAGGUUAACCGCCCGAAGAAAAUAAGAUUACUGGUGCAAGGGGUGUGAACGUGUAGCGAAUCACUAAAUUACGCAACCAGUUGCAAUGUCUUCACAAUUUUAGUUAUUUUUUAGUAAAAAUAUACCAUUACACUUGUGCAAUGUUUCAUCCCUCGACUGAGCAGAGUUGAUGGUCAUAUUCCACCACAAAAAAAAAAUAAAGUAGAUAACUGUGAACAUUUUGGUAUAUCCAUCUCCAUUAUCACGAUUGUUACAAUCAAACAAAUUUAUUAUUAUUCGUCUAAUUUUAUAUUGUCAUUUUCAAAGAUUCAUUUUUAUAAUAUUGGGGGCCGAAAAUGUCAGAAAAUAGAAAACUAUCUUAGGAUUUCACUUAUAAACAAGUGGUUACAAAUUUGGCUUGCUUUAUGAAGAAUUCUUACUACUAACAAUGAUUUUGAAAUUAUAUGGUAACCAAGCAGCAUAUUGUUCAUUGUUUUAAAUUACUAUCUUCAUUAAGAGUUUGAACAAAAGUUUACUACCUAAUGUUUUAUUAGCGGUUCAAAUUUGUUUAGCUAAAGUUUUCCAGAUGUAAUUGUGAAGAGUUUGUGUGUUUAUUAGUGUAAAGGAUGUCCAAUUCUAACAGCUUUUUUUGAAACUCACAAAUGCAUAUUUGCUUGGUAAUUAAGAGCAUAAAAUUUGUUUUCAUUUAUUUUGUAAUUCAAUCAAUGCACAUUUUUUUCAUCAGAAAUGAAAUUCUUAUUAUAUUCAUACUUGUUAAAGAAAUUGGCUAGUUUUUUUUUAUUUGGCAUGCGCUCGAAAUUUGUUAUCAAGCAUUGUUUCCCACAUCUUAAUCUACCUCAAAUGGACUCUUCAAGAUGGGCAUGCUUUAUUCUUAUGCAGUAGUCUUCACUCUAAUGAGAUAUUAAUUGGAAUACCUGAAAUUAAUUUUUCAUUAUAUCUGAAAUUUUUGUAUUUAAAAACCUGACAGAUCAUUUUUACUUCUGGAAAUUUGCAUUCACAAAUCUUAUCAUAAUUCUAAACACAUAUUUCGUGACAUUACAUGCAGUAUAUAUAUGUAGUGACUAUAAUUUGAAAAUUCAUAUUAUAAAUGCUUGGUUAUUAUACAGUCCUGAUAUUUGUUAACGGUAAUGCCUAUCAAAACCGAAAAGAGCAAAAUUUGAAUUGCAAAUCUAGAUAGUACCGGUAAUUUGCAUGCAUGAGGCAUGAUUGCCAAUUUGCCUAAUUCAAAGAUUAUAUCUUUGAUUUGACUGUUCAAAAUUGGAAGCAGUCACUAUAAUAAAAAGUUUGAAAUUGGCAUCAUUCCUUCUCUGCCAAACAGAACGUCAAUUUAUUGAUUGACAAGGUAGAUAGGUUCAGAACGUGGAAUGGAUAUUGCGUAUAGCUCGUGCUCAUGAAUUAAGCAUUUGCUGCUGCAUAUAGGAGAGUAUCUAGAUCACAAAUCUAUUUUUGCUAUCACAAGUACGUUUCUCCUUUAUUAAAUGCAAAUUAGUUUUUGGUCGUCUUAAGUGUAUGUCAUUGUUUAUUAACGAACAUUUUGGAAGAUUAAAUGUAAUGUCAUGAGCAUAUAAGCUUAUAAAUUAUACUGUUUUAUGUUUAUACUGUAAAGAUAUAAGCUUAAUGUAGUCGAUAUAAACAAACGAUCGCUUUCGCGACGAGCCGUCAAUAAUUAAUGUGUGACAGGCUGGUGCACUCCAGAUACCUUUCAAAAGUAGGCAAUGAUCGAAGGCUAAAAUAUGAAUUUUAGUCAAUGUUUUUCAGAUGUGUGUGCAUUUUUUUUAGUUUUAAUGGAGGUGUACAUUGAAAAAAAAAUGAAAUUGUGCGUUCAAACUGCCAUAUUUAUUGCAUGUCCAAUUAAAUACUGCACUGUGUCCAUUUUAGCAUUUUUUUUUUUAGUUUUUGGAAUAUAUGUGUAUCUAAAUUUAUCCUUUCGAAGUUGAUUGUAUUUGUAAGAAAUAUCUCAUGUAUACCUUCUUAUUGUUAGACUCUUGGAUGAUUCAUUACAAUAGCACUCUGCUUAAUUUGAUGACAAUCUUUUCAAUUGAUUAGAAAUAGAUAGCAGACUAAUCAAUCAAUGGCUAAUUAUAUCCAACCAAUAUAUAUAUAUAAUUUAUAUCUAGACUCUGUGGUAAAUAGCUCUCAAAUUGCGAUACCGUUUUUUGAGAAAAAUGUCUUCUUAAAGAUUACAUACCACCCAGUUUAUUAUGGCAGCUCAUUGAAAUGGGUAACGUGAAUCACCGUCUUAUGAAACUUCCUUGUAUUACGUCACCUGACUUCCUUUAAAUUGAGCAAAUCAAGACAGAGAAUUGUCUCUGAUUAGAAAUUGGCAAUUCAAGUUGCACAUACCACUUGAAUGUGUUUUGAACAGGAUAUUAUUUCGCUCUUUUCACUGUUAUCACAGUUCUCCAAUUGGGUUAUUAUUGUCAUUUGUUUGUUCCUUUUCUGCAUUUACUCAAGAGUAACAAUGAUUAUGUACUGUAACUUAUUAUUAUGAUACUUCUACAUUUCCAUUGACGUGUUAAUAAACCAAGAUUCAAGUUC